CGAAACCAGAAAAAAAGGUCAUAACUAGUCUCGUACUUUCACAAAGGCCUGUUUUUCUCACAUGCGUGAUUGCAUGUGAUUUAUGUUCAUUAAUAAACACACCAAACAAAUCACACUGUGUCCAAAACAUAAGAUGGCAGAUACACAGUAGCUGUUUACAAGCCUCAUUCUGUGGCAGGAAAUGUGUUUAAGCAACUUCCCCUGUCAAACCCCCCUCGGUGAUCACAGUUCAAUCUGCAGUGAAGGCUAAUUUCUCACCUUCUCUUCCUUUAAUCACAAACUCUUUCACUUGUGCAUUCAAGCAGCACCAAAAAUUACCCACAAAAUGGCAGUUGCCGCACUGUCGGGUCUGCAGCAGAGGUCUUGAUGUGUUAGAGGAAGGCUACUAUGUUGAAAAAUUUAAGUCGGUGUAAUUUGCCAUAAAGUUAAAUAGUGUGCAAAUUAAGCCAUGCAAUUUCAUAAUUGGUGCAUAUUUUAUGUGUGUGGUGUAUAACCUCAGUAGUGGCUUUAGAUUAACACUUCUGCCGCAUCAAUGCAAAUGUUAAUGUAAAGAAUACAGUCGGCAACAACAGGAUCUGGUCUGGUCCUAUGUGUCAUAAUGGAAUGAUGAAAUAAACAAGCAAGUACAGAAGCAGAAAUAAACAACCCGGUACAGAAGUGAGAAACAUUUUUGGAUAAGCUGGUUAACCAACAGAUUUUUUAGAUAACAGUUUAUUAGACAGUUUAAUAGCUACACAGGAUGGAUGGAUGGAUGGAGUGACAGACAUACAUACUGUACAGACAGACAGACAGAUAUAUAGAUAGAUAGAUAGAUGACAGACAGACAGAUGCUAUGCUGCGAUGCUGUGGUAACGUCACCGUAUGGGAACACCUCUUGGUGUGAAGAAUUUGCCACACUCUAUUUAGCUUAGAUUUCCUUUUCUUCAGGAAAACAAUGAGUCAAUGAAUGGUAAGGAGCCAUGUAACAGGUUUAUCGUGUUGGGGGGAGGGUAUUUGACAUUCAUGAAAGGUUGUCUUAGCAGGAGUUGGACUAGGGGUCUGUUUUUGCCGCGAGACUGUCACGACAGACGCGUCAUUAACAGUUUGGGGGGCUGUUUGUCAAGGACACCCAGCCCACAGGACUUGGACAGAGGCACAGUGAGGGUGGCACAUAAACAGAUUGGAGCUGCUGGUGGUCUUUCUAGCUCUCUAAUAUUUUUCAAGACCAUCAUGUGUUAAUCAGGACGGAAAACACAACGGUUGUGUCAUAUUUGAAUCACCAAGGAGGAUUAAACUCUGGCCCCCUAUGCAGGCUGGCGAGGGAUAUUCUUCUCUAGUCUCAGAACAGAUUUCUGUCAAUCCGAGUGGUCCACAUCCCCGGACACUUGAACUUCGGAGUGGAUUUGCUCUGGAGACAGAGCCUGGAGGAAGGGGAAUGGAGGUUGCACCGCCAAAAGGUGGGGACACGCUCAAGCUGCGGGCCGUGGGGAAGCAGAUUCGCGACCUGGAGGUGAGGCAGGCCCAGCUGAGAGAGCGGAGAGCCGCGCUGGAAUCAUCCUGGGCUGACGCUCACAAGUCCGGGGUAAGUAUACAGCAUGCUGUUAACAGUCCCACCACGUCUACUCCGUGUGUUUCUCUGCACAGGCCGGGUGCACCCAGGACGCGAUCUUCCCAGAUGUCCUUCACUCCGACGCCGGGACAUCACGGACCCUGGAUGCAUCCACAGCGGAGGACGCGAGCCGGGCCCUGGGCGAUGACUUCUCCCCCUCCUGCCUUCGAGAUUUCCAUCCGGAACCACUUCGCUCCCCUCCGCGAGACAGGACGCGACGCUGUGAUCAUCGGAGACUCCAUCGUACGACACGUCCGUGCUAUGUUAGCCGAAGGAAAAGUGCACACUCAUUGUUUGCCUGGUGCUCGUGUUCUCGAUGUUUCAGCUCAGAUACCCGCGAUCCUGAAGGCCGAAGAGAGCCCCAGAGCGGUCGUGCUUCACGCCGGGGUUAACGACACCAUGCUGCGGCAGACAGAGACGCUGAAGAGGGACUUCAGCAGCCUGAUCGAGACGGUUCGCAGUACGACGCCCGCGACGAUGAUCAUUGUGUCAGGACCACUGCCCAAGUAUCGACAAGGACACGAAAGGUUCAGUAGACUUUUUGCUUUAAAUGAAUGGUUGUUGUCAUGGUGUAAAGAACAGAAACUGCUAUUUGUUAAUAACUGGAAUCUUUUCUGGGAGCGUCCUAGGCUGUUUUGCACUGAUGGAUUGCACCCCAGGAGAAUCAGAGCGGAGCUGCUCUCUGACAACAUCUCCAGGACACUUCGCUCCAUAUGACUAAUCUGACUUACCGAUGAAGCCGAAGAUGUCACGAAUGUUGGGCACAAAGAUGACGAGCAGGUUGACUAAGAAGAGGAGGCAAACAGCGAUGGAGAUGUGACGCACCCAGUGGAAAG